GCCCAACCCAGCCAUGGAGAUCUGUCUGAAUAGGAUUUAAGACAGGUAUACCAGAGCAAUUAAAACACAAGCUCACAGAUCUUCUGGGCUUGAAGCAUUGACCGCUAAUGCCAAACAAAAAACAUUGUUUAUUUAAUUGUUUAAUUAUUCUUUAAAUUAAAUUUAUUUACUGGAGUUGGAAUACAAUAUCUAACUGAAGACAAUACAUAAGAUGGCCAGACCUCAUGAUACCGAGACUGAAACUAUGGAGGUAGCAUACAAAGUCUUUAAUGACCCCAUCCACGGACACAUUGAACUCCACCCUCUUCUGGUCAAAAUCAUAGACACACCUCAAUUCCAAAGACUGAGGAACAUCAAGCAGCUCGGAGGGGCAUACUACGUUUUCCCCGGAGCAUCUCAUAAUCGCUUCGAGCAUUCCAUUGGAGUUGCGUACCUGGCUGGAGAGCUUGCUAAUUCUCUGCAAAAGAAACAGCCUGAACUGAAUAUCGAUGACAGAGACAUCCUCUGUGUUCAAAUCGCUGGCCUCUGCCAUGAUCUUGGACACGGACCUUUCUCUCAUCUGUUUGAUGGGAUGUUCAUUCCUGAAGCACGUAAACGUCAAGGUCAAGAUUCGAAAGAUAAAAAAAAAUGGACGCACGAGCAGGCAACGCUAACCAUGUUUGAUCAUCUGAUUGAAAAAAACGUACUGGAGCUGGAGAAGGUGAAGGACUGGCAGGUGCUGUCAAACGAAAAAGAUUUCAUCAAGGAGCUGAUCGUUGGGAAACAGGCCGACGCUGAUCAGCCAAAAAGAAUGGGGCCAUACAAAAAGAAGUCUUUCCUGUAUGACAUCGUGGCCAACAAAACGAACGGCAUCGAUGUGGACAAAUUUGAUUACUUUGCGAGAGACUGCCACCACCUGGGCAUCAAGAAUAACUUUGACCACCACCGCUUCAUCAAGUUCGCCAGGGUGUGUGAUGUGGACAAAGGAAAAGAAGCAAAGGAGAAGCAAAUCUGUACCAAAGAACAGGAAGUGGGCAAUGUGUAUGACUUCUUCCACACAAGAAACUGUCUCCACAGAAGAGCCUGCCAGCACAAAGUAAAAAACAUUGUUGAGACCAUGAUCACAAAGGCCUUUGUAUCGGCGGACAAACACCUCAAAUUCAAGGGGUCCGAUGGGAAAAUGCGCACAAUGUCCACAGCUAUAGAGGACAUGGUGGCAUACACCAAGCUGACUGACAAUGUCUUCGAACAGAUCCUCUUUUCUACCUCAACGGAGCUGACUGAAGCCAGGGAGAUCCUAGAGAACAUCCUCCACCGUCGCCUCUACAAGUGUGUGGGCCAGUUCUAUUCAGCAAAUGAAAUCAAGGCUACAGAGGAGGAAAUUGGUGAGAAGUUGGCAGGUGAAAAGGACAUUGACCGGACCUCAAACUACCUCAUUGUCAAAGUUAUCAACAUGGACUAUGGCAUGGGGACAGAGAAUCCCAUCGAUCACCUACGUUUUUACAACAAGAGAGACCCCAACAGGGCCAUCAUGAUCCCCCAGGGCCAGGUGUCCACGCUUAUCCCAGGACACUUUCAGGAGUGGUUGAUCCAGGUGUACUGUAAGAGGACUGAUGAGGAGAGCCUGAGGACGGCCAGGGAGCGCUUUGAACUGUGGUGCAACGCUCUGGUAAUAAUAUAUUGCCUUCAGUUUAUCGCUCCAUGUGGUUCAAUUUUUUCAAAUUAGAUUGUUUUACAACUGUGUAGCUAGAUGUAGGAGUUGAAGCAAAGCUUUUACUUUAGGUUAUUCAUUUUUCCCUGCAAUG